UGAGGUCAUAACUCAUAAACAUAACCCUACUUCUCACUGUCUCUCUCUCUCAAAGCUUCUUCAUUUUCUCUGGGGUAUUUUUAUGGAGAACGCGCUAAGCUCAACAGCCACCGUACCCACAUUUCGGAAGAGUGAAAGAAAAACAAAAACAAAAAUCCUCAUGAAAUCUGAGAUGGGUGAAGCUGCAGUGCAUGAGCGUGAUUGUAGUUCUCGGUGUAGCAAGAAAGAUGAAACUACUAGUAGUAGUUGUGAGCGGAGGAAGAGAAGAGACACGAAGGUUUAUGAUAAAGAAGAAGAUGAUGAUGAGAAGGGUGAAGUGGAGAAAAAGAUUGUGGCAUUGCAAAGGAUUGUACCAGGAGGAGAAUCACUAGGAGUUGAUAAGUUGUUUGAAGAGACGGCUGAGUAUAUAUUGGCUUUACAAUGUCAGAUUAAAGCCAUGAAAGCUCUUGCUAGUUUUAUUCAAGGGUUGGAGAAGGAGAAGAGGAAAUUUGGAGCUUGAUGAUGAUGAUGAUGAUGAUGAUGAUUAUGUUAUAUUGGUUCAUUACUUUGAUGACACAACAAUUGUAUCUGCUUUUAAUUUCUUCAAUUUCUUUUGCCACAAUAUUGUUGGGAGCAAAAGUAUUCCUUUUCUAUUUUUAUUUUGUUUCUGGUUUUUAUUUUGACAGUGCAAUGAAAAGGAAGAGGAUGGAUAGUUUUAGGAAUUUUUUUUGGG